ACCUUGUGGGUUAUUGUGACCGACGGAACUUAUUAUGGUUUUUAUGUGUACAGUGUUGUGACGGCAAAGCAAGUGCUUUAAUGUAGAUCAAGUACCCUCAUUGAAUUGCCGUGUGUUGUGUAAAAUGGCCAAGAAUAAGAAGACUGCCAAAAAGAAAGGACUUUCUGAAACAACUAGGAAAGAUACAGUGAAAAAGAAAGUGUUAAAUCCAUUUGAGGUACAUGUUAAUAGGCAGAAGAGUAAUGUCAUCGGCAGGUCAUCGAAAACUGAUAGAGGUUUGCCUGGCAUUGCAAGAGCGAAAGCCCUGAAGAAGAGAAAAUCUACUCUGCUGCAAGAAUAUCGUGGUAAGGACAAAGCAAAUAAAUUCUUUGACCAUAGAAUAGGAGAACGAAAUACUGCAAUGACAGCAGAAGACAAAAUAAUGGCGAGGUUUGCUGCAGAAAAAAUGAGGAUGCAUAGAAAGAAAUCAAUUUUUAAUCUAGCAGAUGAUGAAAUUUUGACCCACCGAGGACAAACUCUCAGUGAAAUUGAGAAAUUUGAUGAUCCUCGAACUAGUGAUGAAGAAGAUGAGCCAGGGAAGCUAGAUGCUAAUUUUGUAGAAGAUGCUCAUUUUGGUGGUGGUGUUUUGAAGAAAGCUGAUGAAAACAAAAGAACAAGGAAGGAUUUAAUUGAAGAACUUAUAGCUGAAUCAAAGAAACGCAAAGCUGAGAAGCAAAGGAACAGGGAACAAACAAUUGAGCUCACUGAGAAGCUGGACAGUGAAUGGAAAGAUCUUCUUCCCAUAGUAACAACAGUGAAAACUGGAGCUGCAUUAGUCAACAAUGAAGAAAUUUCUAAACCUGAUUCAUAUGAUACAGUAAUGAAGCAACUCAUAUUUGAAGCACGUGGAAAGCCAUCAGAUCGUUUGAAAUCAGAAGAUGAACUGGCAAAAGAGGAGAAGGAGCGUUUAGAAAAGUUGGAAGCUGAACGCUUACAACGAAUGCAUGGCCUCAAUCCAUCUGAAAAAGGAACAUUGACAUCUGCAAAUUCACGACUACGGAGUGCUGAUGAUUUAGAUGAUGGGUUUGACUUUGAGAGUGGCCAGGACACCAUGUUGACCUACACUGCUGAUGGGCAACUCCAGCUACAAGGUGAUGAAGGUGUUGCAGAGAAAACUGAUAAUGGUAAUGGCUGCAAUGAUGAUAGUCAAAGUAGUGCUGAUGAUGACUGUGGUGGUGGCAGUAAUGCUGGUGGUGGUGGUGGUGGUGAUGAUGAUGAUGAUGAUGAUGAUGAUGAUGAAGAGGCAAAUGUGGAUGAUGAUGAAAGAGUUGCAAGUGAAAGCAGUGAAGAGGACAACCUAUCAGACUUGAAAGAAGACAGUGAGAGUGAUGAUGACAGCAGUGCCAAAGGCAAUGAAAAGAAAAACAGUGAGAAGAAAUCCAGUUCUCAGCAACCAAACCAUACAAGUGGACAGAAGUCUACCGUGAAACAAAAUAUUAACAAUAUCAAGGACAUAUUAAUGGAGAGAAAGAAGUUGAUGGAAAAGGCGAGAGAAGAACUGCCUUAUACAUUUAAAGUGCCGGACUCAUAUGAUGAUCUUCAAAACACAUUAUCACAUUGGGGACUGGACCAUCAGACUGUGAUCAUUGAACGAAUGCUGAAAUGCAAUCAUCCUAGUCUGGCAGAGGGAAACCGAGAGAAACUUCAGGAACUAUUGAAGUUCUUGUUACAACAUAUUAAUGACUCAGCAAUAUCAGACGAGGAUCAGCAGUCACCACAGUGCUUUUCAGUGCUUGAUCGACUGAUUCCACACAUAUAUGACCUUACACACAUGUCACCAGUUAGUGCAGGACAGAGUGUUCUUGAAGUUAUCAAAGAAAAGCAGACAGAUUUUCGAAAUUCAAAGAGAACGUAUCCUGGGUGUGACACAUUAGUAUUCUUGAAGCUUGUGUCUCAUCUGUUUCCCACAUCAGACUUUAGACAUCCUGUCGUUACUCCUACUAUAAUCUUUAUGGAACAGAUUUUGUGGGAAUCACGCAUCCAGAGCAGACGAGAUGUAGCCACCGGUCUUUUUAUUACCACACUCUUGCUGGAGUAUUCGGUUCUUUCCAAAAGAUUCUCACCAGCUGCUGUAAACUUCCUCUGUGGUGUGUUGUACUUGUCUGUUGACAAAAGUGCAUACAAGUCUGUAAGACCAGUUCCACCUUUCAAAAGUAAGGGAGAAGCAAGUGGAUUAUUAAUACUGUCAGAAGAUUUUAAGACAGCGGACUUCGUUACAAAUCACAAAAUGAAUCUCUCUGAUUUGUUGGAGGAUGCUGCAAUUGACGACAACUUCAAAAUACGAGCUCUUUGGACAUCAGUAAAAUUAUUGAGUGCAUUUCAGCAGAAUCUAGAGCCAUUAGCCAGUAGUUUUGAAAUAUUCAAACCUGUAUCAGUGCUGAUUAAUCAUCUAAAUACUGAGCAGUUCCCACCUGAUCUGAAAGACGAUAUUAGUAAUCUGCAUGAUAAAAUUGAGAAGAUGUCUGUGAAGAAGAUCUGCCAUCUGAUAUUUGAAAAGAAGAAACCAAAAGCUCUUAGACUCUACGAGCCAAAAGUUGAACAGGUGUUUGACUGCAAGCGCCGUCGACCUAUGGGACCAGAGAAGCAGGAACGUGAAAAAUUGCUGCACAAAUAUCGCCGUGAACUGAAAGGAGCUGUUAGAGAGAUUCGGCGAGACCGUGCAUUCUUGACAAAGGUCAAGCUGAAACAGACACUUAAGAGUGACCUGGAACGCAAAGAAAAGGUUAAGGAAAUUUUUGGAAGUGCAGCUAUGCAACAGGGUGAACUUAAUCUUCUGAAGAGGAAAAAGGAAGCCGGUCGUAGACAUUGAAUAGAAGAACAUAAUGCCACAUCUUUGUGGCAUCAGUGUUGCUAUGUGUGACAGAUUUCAGAAGAAGUCUGUGAAAAUUUGAAAUGUGCUGCUAUUAGAACCAAGAGUACAGCUGUCAUCCUACACAGUACUUGUUCCAGUAUCUUUGUAUUAUAAAAGAUCAUCUUGGAGAAGCUCUUUUUACUGAUAAAUUUACUAGCAUGAAAUUACAUAGUCUGGAAUGUUAACAUUUCAGCAGUGUAAAACCCUGCACAUCCUUGCUGUUGAAAUUUUGUGUAAAUACCUAUCUCUCUCUCUCUCUCUCUCUCUCUCUCUCUCUCUGUCUGUCUGUGUGUGUGUGUGGGGGGGGGGGGGGGUUGAGAGAGAGAGAGAGAGAGAGAGAGAGAGAGAGAGAGAGAGAGAUGUAAUAGAGCUUGAGCAGGUUAAUUAUCCUGAAAUGACUGCACCAUAGGAGUUUAUCACCAUACUGAAUAAAGUGCUGUCAAGCUGUAUCAAUAAGACUUGGACAGUGCAAAUAAUUGUAAAUACUGUAAGAUAUUUUGUAAUUUAAUUUGUGUAUAUUAAAUAAAAAUGAAUUGUACUUCUAUUUUUACUAUAGA